GCUGCCUCCUCUCCGGGCGGGCGGCGCUGAGUGAUCUUGCGAACUGGGCUUCUGUGUAAACUGAGGCUAAACAAACACAGAUGGAGCGCAGCGGGCGUUCUGCUGAAAUGCUGGCAGGGCGGCAGCGACUUCUGAUGACACUCUGAGCUCUCAUAGAGGGAACGGGCAGCCUCCGAGGCUUCACCUAGCCUGAGGCGCAGCUGCCCCGGGAGUGGGGGAGCGAGGGAGGAACCCGGGGAGGGAGGGUAGGAGGAGAGAACGAGGCGACAAGGCGGCGCUGAGCACCGCGGCCACCGGGCGCAGCCAGGCGCUCAGCGUGCAGAGCGAUCUCAGCGGGCGCGCGUCCCUGGAAGUCCCACGCCCCUGCCUGGCUCUGUCCGCACCAUGAAGCACAUCCCGGUCCUCGAGGACGGGCCGUGGAAGACUGUGUGCGUGAAAGAGCUGAACGGCCUCAAGAAACUCAAGCGGAAAGGCAAGGAGCCGGCGCGGCGCACGAACGGCUAUAAAACUUUCCGACUGAACUUGGAAGCACCCGAGCCCGGCGCCACGGCCAGCGCCACCGCUGCCACCAACGGGCUCCGGGACAGGACACAGCCGUUCCCAAUCGCAACCCCAGUGCCAGCCUCAGUGGCGCCGGCGGUUCCUCCAGGUGGGGGCACGGACACAACCAAGGAGCUCAGGGGCAUCCGAGCGCCUGAAGUCUCAGACGCGCGCAAACGCGGUUUCGCCCUGGGCACAGUGGGACCGGGACUACCCACGCCGCCACCGGCGUCCCAGAGCUUGGCACCGGGGCGUCACGAGGCGCAGCCCUACCGUGAGCCGUCUCUGCGUCCCCGCAUCUUGCUGUGCGCCCCUCCCGCACGCCCCACGCCGUCUGCGCCUCCUGAACCCCCAGCGGCGCCACGAGAAUCCCCCGUGCGCCCUGCGCCCCCCACGCGCCCGGGGGAAAGUUCCUACUCGUCAAUUUCACACGUAAUUUACAAUAACCACCCGGAUUCUUCUGCGUCGCCUAGGAAACGGCCAGGCGAAGCGACCGCCGCCUCCACGGAGAUCAAAGCCCUGCAGCAGACCCGGAGGCUCCUGGCCAACGCCAGGGAGCGGACGCGGGUGCACACCAUCAGCGCCGCCUUCGAGGCGCUCAGGAAGCAGGUGCCAUGCUACUCCUAUGGGCAGAAGCUGUCCAAACUGGCCAUCCUGAGGAUCGCCUGUAACUACAUCCUGUCCCUGGCGCGGCUGGCUGACCUGGACUACAGCGCCGAUCACAGCAACCUCAGCUUCUCUGAGUGUGUGCAGCGCUGCACCCGCACCCUGCAGGCAGAAGGACGGGCCAAGAAGCGCAAGGAGUGACCAGCCACAGACUAGACCACGGAUACUGCUGCGGGUCUCUUCCCAGUCGGGCCUGAGGAGAAAGAAGCCGAGGCCACCAAGACAGCCAGCCUCAUUUCCUGCCUUCUCCAAGAUGCUACCAGAUCCUCAGCCCACUUACUGCCUCUCAGGUUCGCCAAGGACCAGGACAAGGGCAGCCUGCCUCCUCUCCGUCUCCUGCUGUCCGCCAGCCAUCCAGGGUUACUUCAGAUUUUGCUUUCUGACUGGUGGUGCAGACUAUUGCCAAAGAUUCUACAGAGAUUAUCUAAGGAAAUUACGGGGUGAAACCCCAACAGCGCAAAGCCACAACACCAUUGCUGCCUGAACACGUCCACCUCAAGCCAAAGAUGGAUUAGCACUUCUGCCAGGAACUCAUGCAAGGAGUGGACAUUUGGUGACCUUCGGAAGCACUUAACCCUCUGAGCCAGUGCUCUGUCUGUGCUGAACCCCGAGCUGUCUGGGUACAAGAAGGCUUUCUAGGGCUGUGACAGACAGGUUGGGUACCUUGGUGUGGUGGAAGGUGGGGUCUGAGAUCUUGUUUCUUCCCAUUAGCCAUCCAGGCCUCUGACCCUAUGCCCAAUAUUCUUUGGGUCCUGGCUCCUUCCUGGACUCCAGGCCUCCUGAGAAGGGAAGAAGGGGAGAAUGAAGAAGCAAUAUUGCCCCAUAGCCCACCCAGGACAUGCCCCAAGACAACCUGUCUGAUGGUCUUUGCUCCAAGAGCCUGCUCCACCAGGUGCUCACCAGUGGCCAGUCUCAGGCUAGCACACGAGACAGUGUCGUGCUGUAGGUCAGCUGCCUUUGAACAGUCCAGGCAGGAGGACUUAGGGAGGAAGGGACCAGGGGAAUGGGCCAGUAUGUGGGGAAGGGAGCAUGUUCAAAGCCAGGGCCUGCUCCAUGUGCUACAGAGGCCAAAGCUGUUCACAUCUGUGUGCAACCAUCUGCUUCAAAUUGAAGUAAAA